AUGCAUCUCGCACAUGCUACAGCGCUGCUCAUGGUUCCGUUGGUAGGUAAACCCAAGUUAGUGGGCGGUCUCCUGGCGUCUGGCAUGACCUUGUUCUGCGGAUCGGUGUACGCAAGCGCCUACACCCAAGACCGUGCCUAUGGGGCUGUGGCACCGUACGGCGGGUUUAUGCUGAUCUUUGGCUG